GAGUAGAAGACAGAGAAGCAUACACCCUAUCUCAUACGGCAGCCUCAUUUGCUGGGAAGGAGGCAGUGAGCAUCUCUUCUACGUACAGCAGUGAUGCAGCCCUUUCCUUUGUUCACAUGGUUACACCGGCUUUGGGAAAAAUUGCUGAAUGAUGCAGAGGAAGUAGCCGCUUUGUACCGUGAGCUUAGCCAGUUCCCAUCUCUUUCCAGUGCCUGUAUUGGGCCUGAGAUAACAACUCAGUAUGGUGGGAAAUACUGCACCAUUUACACAGAGUGGUCCCAGCGAGAUUUGGAAAGAGCUGAAAAUGUGAAAUUCUGCCGUCAAUACCUCAUCUUCCACGACAGCCAGUCCAUUGUGUACUCAAGCCCCUCUGGCAGUUGCACUGAAAUCAAGGGAGAGCUGCUCAGCCGGGACUCUCCUAGUGGAGCACAGAAAGCUGUACUGCGAAAGACUAAUAACAGCAAAGGCGAGGAAAAACAGUUCCUUGAGGUGUGGGAGAAGAACCGCAAGGUGAAGAGCAUUGAGUUGACAUCCCUGGAGAAGCACGGCCAAGUGUAUGAGGAUGGUGAGGCUUCCUGCAGCUCUCCUUCAGUUUACCAAUUUGGCUGCUUGGCUUGGUCACACUCAGAGACGCACCUUCUCUACGUGGCGGAGAAGAAGCGCCCCAAGGCUGAGUCGUUCUUUAAACCAAAAGCUCCAGAGCUGAGCAGUGAAGAGGAACUGACCAAGUCAGACAGACGAGAUAAAGCCAUUAAGGGAGAGCAGUUUGUGUUCUAUGAAGACUGGGGGGAGUCCCUGGUGGCUAAAAGCAUCCCUGUACUGUGUGUAUUGGACAUUGAGAGCAACAAUGUGUCAGUUCUGGAGAGUGUGCCAGAGCACAUCUCCCCUGGGCAGGCCUUCUGGACUCCUGGUGACACAGGGGUGGUGUUUACAGGAUGGUGGCAUGAGCCCUUCCGUCUAGGGUUGAGGCACUGCACCAAUCGCAGAUCAGCUCUCUUCUAUGUGGACCUGACAGGCGGCCGUUGUGAGCUGUUAUCAGAUGACACCAAGGCCAUUUGGUCUCCACGCUUGAGCCCAGACCAAUGUCGCAUCGUAUACCUGGAGAACCAGGCUUCUGGGCCACACCAACAGUGCAGCCGUCUCUGCAUGUAUGACUGGUACACAAAGCUCACUUCUGUCGUGGUGGAGAUUGUGCCUCGGCAGAGCCAAGGUGAAUUCACUGGAAUCUAUAGCACAGCGCUGUCUGAGCACUGCUGGGCAGCAGAUAGCCAGAGGGUUGUGCUGGACACAAUUCAGCGUAGCAGACAGGAGCUGAUUGUGGUGGAUACAUCAUCAGGCACUGUGUGUUCUCUCACCAAGGGUUCCCAUCCUGGAAGCUGGGCUUUGCUCACCGUUGACCGAGAUCUGCUGGUGGCCAGAUUUUCCACUCCAAACUGUCCUCCCAUGCUAAUGGUGGCCUUCCUACCUCCUUCUGGCAAGGAAGCUGAAGUGAACUGGGUGUGCCUGGAAGAAGCCAGCCCAAUUCAAGAAAUCACUUGGGAUAUCCGUACUCUGCAGCCUCCUCAAGAACAGGACAACCCCCAGUAUGCGGGCCUCAAUUUUGAAUCCAUCCUACUCCAGCCCACUCAGGUGCCAGUGAAGACCAAGUUUCCAUUAGUGGUUUCACCUCAUGGCGGGCCACAUUCAGUGUUCACCAGCAGCUGGAUGCUGUACCCAGCAGUGCUGUGUCGAAUGGGGUUUGCUGUGCUGCUGGUGAAUUAUCGAGGAUCACUGGGCUUUGGCCAGGACAGUGUGGACUCUUUACCAGGGAAUGUGGGCAGUCAGGAUGUCAAGGACGUGCAGUUCUGUGUGGAAAGGGUGCUACAGGAAGAACUGAUGGAUGCACAGAGAGUAGCCUUGCUUGGUGGCUCCCAUGGAGGCUUCCUAUCCUGCCAUCUCAUUGGCCAAUACCCUGGCAUUUACAAGGCUUGCGUGGCCAGGAAUCCUGUGGUCAAUGUGGCCUCCAUGGUUGGAAGCACUGACAUCCCUGACUGGUGCCUGACCGAGGCUGGCUUGCCCUAUGACCAUGCUGCUCUCCCAGAUCCCAGACAUGGGACAGAGAUGCUGCUUCGUUCGCCUAUGCAGUAUGUUGACAAGGUUCAGACACCUGUUCUUUUAAUGAUAGGAGAGGAAGAUAGACGUGUACCCCCCAAGCAAGGCUUGGAGUAUUACCGUGCUCUCAAGGCCAGGGGCGUUGCCACCCGGAUGCUGCUUUACUCAGGCAAUAGCCAUGCACUCUCUGGUGUGGAGGCUGAGGCAGAUGGCUUCAUGAAUAUUGCACUCUGGCUGAUCCAGUACUUAAAAUGAUGACUACAAAAGCUGGCCUACGCCUUUUGUAACCUACUUCCAUUUUAAGCAGUGCGACUAGCCAACAAAGAUCCAAGUCACUUCAAUUUCAAAAGCCACUGUAGAUACUGGUUACUUUGGUACCUUCAUUCAUCAUAUCCAGAGCCUGAAUAAGUACAUGACAGUGACUCAGUACAAGAAUAAGUGAUAUGUCCUCAUUUGUGCCAGAAGUCACAUUCAUCACACACUUUACCAGAUCUUGCACUCCUAUUAAUAGUUCCACCAUAGUGAGUGGCUAUUUGGAACUGUCCGGUGCUGGAGUCUUGAGAAAUGGUCCUAUUGAAUGUUAAUAGAAUCUCUGUCUUUAGCCCUGGUCUUGGGGGACAGAACUGGAGCAGGUGAGCCACAAAGAGUCCAUCUGCAAAAAGCAAAUAAAUAAAGCAUGCUUGGUUGUCUAA